CCGGCGCUUGACAUGGCUGGAGCAGGAAGCCAGCCGGCGCUCGCGGCAGAGCGCGCCGUGCCCGUCGAGACGGCUUCGCAGAAGCCCGAAGAAGUGGCAGCAUCUUUCAGUGCACCGCUGAAUCUGGCAGUGGAGGAUGUGAAUGACAGCUCUGUGACACUAACAUGGGAUGCUCCUGAAAAUGUGGGCCCUUCUGGUCUGGAUGGAUAUGUAGUGGAGUAUUGCAAAGAUGGAACAACAGAAUGGGUGACAGCCAAUGAUAAACCCUUCCUUUCCACUCGUUACAUAAUCCACAGUUUAAUAUCUGGAGAUAAACUUCAUAUUCAUGUGAAAGCUGUGAAAGGUAAUGCAAUUAGUCAACCAGCAUUUCUAGACCAGCCACUACUCAUCAGAGAAAUUCUUGAGCAGCCCAAGAUCCGACUUCCCCGCUACUUGAGAGAAUUGUACCUGAGGACCGUGGGGGAUGUGGUAAACCUCUUGAUCCCUUUCCAGGGAAAGCCAAAGCCACAAGUGACCUGGACCAAAGAGGGCCAGAAUUUGGAUCCCAAACGAGUGGUUGUACGCAACACUGAGAAGGAUUCUGUAUUCUUUAUUCGUGCAGCGCAACGCAAGGAUUCUGGAAAAUAUCAAAUAAGUGUCAAGAUCUUAGAUGAAUUAGAAGAUUUGGCUACCUUUGAUCUCCAGGUGAUUGAGAGACCAGGCCCUCCUAAGAAUCUGAAGGUGGUGGACAUCUGGGGCUUUAAUGUGGCAUUGGAGUGGAGCCCACCCCAAGAUAAAGGCAAUUCUGAUCUCAAGGGCUACACAGUCCAAAAAGCAGAUAUGAAGACUAAACAAUGGUUCACAGUUUUGGAGCAUUACAACCAUACCAGCUGCACAGUAUCAGAUCUCAUCGUUGGCAACAGUUACUCCUUCCGAGUUUUCUCAGAAAAUCCUUGUGGCCCAAGUGAAAUGCCUGCUAUCACAAAUGACGUAACACACAUAACAAAAUCGGGAAUUGUGUACACACCUGAGAAGUUCAGUAGCUGGGAUUUCUGUGAACCUCCCAAAUUUACUCAGCCACUGAUAGAUAGAACCACCACCCAGGGCUAUAGCACUCAGCUCAUCUGCUGUGUCCGAGGCUUCCCAAAGCCCAAAGUGAUCUGGAUGAAAAACCGAAAGGAGAUUCAAGAAGACCCUAAAUAUCUAGUUCACACGAACCAGGGGAUUUGCUGUUUAGAAAUCCGCAAGCCUAGCCCAUUUGAUGGUGGCGUCUAUACAUGCAAAGCUGUGAACCCUUUGGGGGAAGCCUCAGUAGAUUGCAAGUUGAACAUAAAAGUUCCGGAAUGAGGUUAUACCGGAAAUCAGAUGAAGAACAAGUCAGAUCCUUGCAAAACUGUCUUUUGGAUUCUCUGCCCUGGAGCAGUCCUUGAUUCUGACAUCCAACUUUAUGAUUCCUAGAUGGGAUCUGCAGCUUGGAAAUGAUGUUACGGCUGUGGCUUUUCAGAAGCAGAAGCUUCCUUAGGAACGUACAGAACCUGCUACUGAACUGGCUGUACAAAUAGCAAUUACCGUGUUUCCUGUAAUACGAAGAUUAUCAUCUAUGCCUCUUGGUAUUUAGUCCUGCAGUGCUAAUACGGAAUAAAGGAACAUACGUUAUGAGAAUAAAGUGAUUCCUGUAGAGAAUUUGGAGUGGGGGAGUGCUUCUGACAACCUUUCCUAGCCUUGUGUCCUUCAGUGUACUGGACACACAUUUAUGGUUAGGGAAGGCUA